GUCGGAGUGCGGCGGAGGGCAUGUGGCGGACGGUGUUGGCGGGGUGCCGGCUGCUGCGGGUUGUCUCCGCCGCGGGGGGGGGCGCCCUCCGGCCGGAGCCGCCCCCCCGAGUGUUCGGGGCUCCCCGCGGGGCCUGCGUGGCGGCGCGGGGUGCAGGAGGCGGCGGAGUCGGGGCGCUGGGGGAGGUGGAGCAGCGCCAGGCGGCAGAUACUAUUCUUCCAAAGUUCAACAUUGACUUUGUUGUAGCUCUGCUGAGGCAAGAAAAUGCUAAAGACAUCUGUGUCAUCCAGCUACCUCCAGAAAUAAAAUACUGUAAUUAUUUUAUAAUUGUGAGCGGAUCUUCAACACGACAUCUCCAUGCAAUGGCACAUUACAUGCUGAAAAUGUACAAGCAUCACAGAGAAGAAAGUGAUCCUCAUACUCAGAUUGAAGGGAAAGAGACAGAUGACUGGCUGUGCAUUGAUUUUGGUAGCAUAGUGAUGCAUUUCAUGCUGCCAGAGACACGAGAGGUUUAUGAAUUGGAGAAGCUAUGGACUCUCGGUUCCUACGAUGACCAGUUAGCACAGAUAACUCCACAGUCACUGCCAGAAGACUUUAUAUUUGGACUGACUCCUAACAGCAGUGACCAUCUUGAGACGAGAACUUAACACAGCUGCCGAGUGGAAGGAGAAAUGAGUGUGCCUUCACAGAUCUGAGGCAGAGAGUCUUGAUUACUGAUGUAACAGCCACUGCAGAUGAUCAAUGUAAACAACGUAUUUAUUGGAUGUGUCUCGGUAAAGUUCUGAACAAGCUGCAGAAAUGAUCAGAAUGAUAGAAUAAUUUAGGUUGGAAAAGACCUUAAGAUAGAGUCCAACCCUAAAAUGCCAAAGAAGAAAUCCUGUCAUACGGGAGCUUCCUGGGGGAGCCCCGUCUCAGCAGUUUGCAGCGAGAAGAGUGGGGCAAAGACAGCUGCUUAAGCUACUUACCCUGAAACUCCUGCUCAGUCUCUACAGUAGUUGUUUUCUAGUGUCUUUGAAAGACCUGCCUGUAGUGGCAGUGCAAAAACAACUUGGGUGCUACAAGGAAAAACUACCUGAAAUAGUACAGUUUAGAUGAGGCUUCUUGUAUUAAGCCAUUUGCUUCUGGUCACGAUGAAGCAAGUCAUGCUCUGAGUUGAGGGAGGAGAGAAAACAGUGGUGUUACUGAGCACAGAAAAGCCCAGAGCCGCAGUGACAAAUAAAUGCGUCUUGAGUUAACAGAACAGUAAGUCUGGUUUUCAGCCAAGGCCAGUCUGGUUUUUAUUAGUAAAAAAAAAAAAAACAAACCCCAAAACCGGAAGAGCUCCAAGUCCUUGUCUUCAUGUUAAAACCUUCAGCUCAUUUAAGUGUGCAGUUGGCCCCUCUCCUAGUUUUCAUCUCACCUAGUUUCUGGAAAAGGGACACUGAGGCAACAUGCUAUGGCAAUGUAAACCUUCAGCUCCUUUGAAGUAGGUGAAAGUAGUUCUAAAGGAAGCCCUCAGUCACUGAGCAUUACUUGCUGCCAACGGACUGUUCAGCACUUUCAGAAGUCACUGGGCAGAGUGUUCUUCAUCUGACUGCUGCAUGGGCUAAUAACCAGUUAGAAGAACUUCAAGAUGGUAAUAAAACUUGUCUAUGUAAAGCAAGAUGCUUUUGUCCACUACAGGACAGGGCUUUCAUCAUUAGACUAGGAUCGAUUCCUUCUGGAGAAGCUUGCUCUGCCAUGCAUCAGGAAGCAGGACCAGUAGAUCCUGAGGGUAACCACCUUUUCCCCCCCUCAUCAUCCCACAAACUACUUCAACUGUGCCUGCAUCUCUUCCCUGUGCAGCAGCUGCUGUUUGUAAUGCUCAGAGAAAGUGACCUUGGGUUUUUUUUCGCCUGUGGUUGUGUUGUACAGGGGGAGGUGUGUGGUUUGGGUUUGUUGUUUUUUUUUUUUUU